GUGGUAGCUGCUCUGCGCGUACAUGUCGUGAGCGGACGCAACUGGUGCCUGGUAUUUCCGGUCUGGUUCCUCGGUAUGGUGCCCGUGGGCACCAAUAUAUGGGGCGCAACCCGAGAGACAUUUUCUAUCCUUCCUCAACUUGGAUGUAUGAGCAUCAUGUCCCUCCCCGGUGCCACAUAUAGCACGUAUGUCGAUUUCGCCGACUCUGUCGGGUUCUACGCACUGACAGAGCUCUGCAGGAUGGUGAUCAUCAGUCGAACAUCCGUGGUUGUCUCGGACAUUCUUGUGGUUGGAGCGACCUGGUACUACAUCAGCUAUACGAGCUCUGUGAGAACCCAGCUGGUGCGUGAGGUGUGGGGUGCAAGGCCCAAUCUCACCACAGUCAUGUUCCGAGAUGACCUCCUCAUAGACACUGUUGCUCUCAGUGAUGCUACAGGCGCACUGGAUAUUACACAUUUGACCACAGCGUCUGUAAAACUUCAUGCACCAUGGUUCGGGAUGUCGAGCAUCUUGAUCUCUCGCUUCCUCGUCUGCAUCCGCGAAGCUGCAGAACGCUCAACACAAGUAUCCAGUUCCCAGUCUCUAUCGUUCACCGACUCGCAGGGCGACUCUAACCUACAAUCAUGGCUCUCCACCAUAGAGUUCGCCGCCGACAUCGCUAAUCCAUCUGCAGGGGAUGACAGCCACGCCGACGCGUUCUCCGAUCUCGAAGAUGACUUGGAUCCAAGAGACCAAGAUGAUGCGAGCGAGGGAGAUGACGGAACAGAGCUAGAGGAGUACACGGUCUCUGUCCGUUCUGUAGAUGCACACACGCCCUGA